AUGCACAUAAUGCCCCUCCUCCUGCCUCGGUGGCUGUGCAGGGACAGCAGCUACUACUCUGCAAUCAGCGACCUCACUCUGCUGGCGCAGCAGCGCAUCGACUCCUUCCAGUACCACAAUGACUUCAUCUACUGGCUCACGCCCCAUGGCCGCCGCUUCCUGAAGGCCUGCAAGGUGGCCCAUGACCACACAGACCAGGUCAUCAGGGAAUGCAAGGAAGCCCUGAAGGAUGAGAAAGAGUGGGAGAAGAUCCAGAAGCGGAGGCACCUGGACUUCCUGGACAUUCUCCUGGGUGCUAAGGAUGAUGGUGGUGUCGAGCUGUCAGAUGCUGACCUGCAGGCUGAAGUGGACACGUUCAUGUUUGAAGGCCAUGACACCACCACCAGUGGCAUUGCCUGGUUUCUCUACUGCAUGGCCCGGUAUCCCGAGCACCAGAACCACUGUCGGGAGGAGGUCCAAGAGAUCCUGGGGGACCAGGACUCCAUCCAGUGGGGUGAUCUGGGCAAGAUGAGCUACCUGACCAUGUGCAUCAAGGAGUCCCUGCGGCUCUACCCGCCUGUGCCCCAGGUGUACCGCCAGCUCAGCAAGCCGGUCAGCUUUGUGGAUGGCCGCUCUCUGCCUGCAGGAAAGAGCUCAGACUUUGUGUCUAGCCAGACUUCAAGUCCUCCCUUUACUAGUAUGGGGAGCUGCCACCACCCUUAA